AUGGCCGACGGACUUAACCAAGCACGCGCCCUAAGGGUGGCCGAACUCAUGAACGAUUACCGUACUCUGCUCGUUCAUAUUAACCAACUCAAUGUGCCGGUACCACCAGCGGAUCAAUCAGAAGAGGGAUACAGGGUGCUCAGGGAGUGCGUGGCAGCCGCGAAUGCCUUAAUGGCUUCGAACUAUACCCCCAGCCCGCCGCCGGCAAACACUUCUGCGGAUGAGGCCGAAAAGGCCCAGUUGCAAAGAGUCAUCCUUGACGGCAGUGCCCGGCGAUUCCAGGCCCAUCGAAUCUACCUUCGAACUGCGGCAGCUAAGCGCUGGAUCAUUCAUCGAGACGGUCUCCUCCGCGGACAGCGACCUGGACCACAGCAUGCCGGACCGAUGAAGACUAUUAGCAACACCUUACGAGAGGAGCUAGCACAGAUCUCGAAUCAGCAUGUCUUCGCAGAUCUCCGAGCCGCUGACGUACGAGCAGGACACUGGCUUGCCGAAGACCCAACCCUGGAUACGAUUCUUUCAUGGAUCCGGUCUCAUCCAUGA